UUCAUGUAGUAAUCUUAAACUAAUUCUAAGCUUACCAAUUUCGUUUUGUUCUUUUUUUUUUUCAGCCGUUUGGUUCCAUAACAGUGUGUAUGUCUCGAAUCCUCUGCAUUUCACCUGUUCCUGGAACGAAAUUCAGCGGUUUGGAAGCACUCCAGUCCGAAAACGAAACCAAAUCCGACACUCAGUCCAUCUCUCUGGGAAGUGAGAAGAGCAGUAAAGGAAACACAACGCCCAAAAUUUCACGUUCAGGUUAUGCCAGCGACGAAGAUGUCACCGGUCCACAAAACAUCAUGGCGUUUGAUAGCAGUUCCGAAGACGAGGAGGGACUGGGUCAAGAGAGUUUUCUUGGCGGGAAAUUCACCGACGGAAGCUCGCCGUUCGACGUCGACGGCCGACUCAGUCCCGAAGGCAGUAGUUUGGGAACUACGGGAAGUGCCGACGGCUUGGACAGUAGUCAAGACGAAAAUGUGUUUGAGUUCGAGGAAAAUGACUCCAGUUGUGACGAGAUGAAAGCUAAAGGAUCCCGUAAACACUCGAAGCGGAGAAUGGGGUCUUCUCCCAGAGCCAGCCAAGAUCUCAAAGACAGCCUGUCGGAUAUUGUGAAUUUUGACACCGAUGAACCUUGUACUGUCUGGCUGGGAACAGAGGACGGAUGUAUUUUCGUGUAUCCAGCAAAGGAAGCGCAAAACAAGAAAUCAAAGUUAAAGCUUCAGCAUUCUGGAUCCAUCCAGUGUAUAUUGUAUGUUGAUAAUCAAGUCUUCAUUUCACUAUCAACGGGUCACUUGUACAUUUACAGAAGACCGCCAGGUUGCGCCUGGGAAAUAGGCAAUCCCGUAAUGCUUCACAUCGGAGAGUCGGCAGCAGUCUCCUGCAUGACAGCUAUUCACGGUCGAUUGUGGUGUGGCCUGGGCUGUAAUGCUGUCAUCGUCAACACAACUACUUUAGCAGUCGAGACGUCGUUCAGCUGUAGUUUGGACAAAGACCAUGCUGUGUACCGCAUGGCUAGUUCUGGAAUGGGAGUGUGGGUUACGCUGCAGAGCUCUUCUGCGGUGAGAUUGUUUCACGCUACGCGGUACGAGUGCUUGGCAGAUGUUGACGUGGCCCCACCCGUGCACAAAAUGCUUCAAGGUUCUGAUGCGAUCAUCCGUCAACACAAAGCAGCCUGUCUGCGCGUCACAGCUCUGCUUGCUUGCAAGGACCUCCUCUGGAUUGGCACUAGCGCAGGCGUAGUUUUAACAUUACCGCUGCCAACAAUCACCGCCAGCACUGCUUCUCUUCGUAACUGCCCCUCGGCAACAGCCUCCUUUCACGGGCAUACGGGACAUGUGCGUUUUCUCACUGCUGUCGAGGUCCCAAGAGAAGGAACACAAGACCACACCAACGAUAAAGGGUCCAGCACCACAAUAAGCACCACUCUAAGUACGUCCCCUUCGACUCCGAAUGCACCUCAUACGCCGGGCUCUUCCGCGGCAAGGGACGUAUUGAUCAUCAGCGGCGGAGAUGGCUACGAGGACUUCAGAGCAAGCUCCGCCAGCGAAUCCGCUGGACGAGAUGACAGCACUAAUCAUCUCCUUAUUUGGCGUGUAUGAUACUUGAAGCGGAAACAGUCAUGCUAAAAUCCUUUCGCCUGACAGGAUGUUGCCUAGCAACGUGACGUAUCCAGAGAACGAUAAGCAACAGACGCAUGACUUUCGGAUUCCUCGUGAUUGGCCAAUUAGAAACGGAGCACUUCGGAUUCUCCACAAGUAUUUGCCGAAAGUGGCGUCGCAUCCGACCCAGUAUGUCGAUGGAACAAGACCCGAAUUCUAAGUUGUAACAAUUGACUCUCCAAACGAUUAAGUAAUAAUUAAGAGUUAAUUGUAAGAAGUUGUAAUCAAUAGAAAGCAAAUAGUUUGUCCACUUUUUAGGAGAUUUAUCAUAUUCAAAUGCGUUAGAUUUUUCACGUUGUGGCUUAAUCUUGAGUUAAUGUCGGGUCAACAUGUUCCCUUGAAAAAUAGGAGUUAUUAUAACGAAGGAAGACAGAAGAGUAAAGUUCGGUUCAUUCUCCAAAAAGGUGACUUGCAUAAGCAUUUGAAGUAAAUAUUAGAACGUGGAAAAAGAGAGGUAUUUUUUAAAGUCAGUUAAUAUUUUUGUGAAAUUGUACAUAGCUCAUGAUUGACCAAGUGGUGUUUGUUGGACAAAAACAAAAAAGUCAAACAUUCGGAUAGAGUAGAACCACAGUAGUUUUAUUAAAAGCUGAUCAUGUACAUGCAAAUUUGAGCUUAUUUUCCUAACAGGAAAAAAAUAUGUAGAGGUAUUUAGACACCGCUGUAAAUAAAGAUCUUAGAGCAAAAGGAGCGACUUAAGUUGUGUGAAUGAUUAAAAUUAUUUUUAGCUUA